CACCUAGUUUCUGAUCUAGUAGAUCCGAGAUGGGGCCCAAGAAUUUGCCUAACAAACUCCCAGAUGAUGCUGAGGCUACUGGCCUGAGACCACACUUGGAGAACCACUAUCCAGGUCUUGUUACUCAAAGUGCAUGGACCAGCAAUAUGGGUAUUGCCUGGGUGUUAUUAGCAAUUCAGUCCUCAAUCCCCACCCCAGACCCACCAAACUAGAACCUGCUAUUUAACAAGAUCCCUAAGGGAUACCUAUACACAUUAAAGACUGGGACGCAUCAAUCCAAGGCUGUGCUUCCCCCGAAACCAGUUAAGUGCAUCUCUUGGAGUAUAUAAAGUUCAGAUUCCUUGGCUUUCCUCUGGUGACUUAAAUUCAGAAAAUGGAGGAGCAGCCCAGGAAUCUGAUACCAAAAGAACCUCAGGUGAUUAUAAUAGUCAGGUAAGCUUAGGAAACCCCUCAUUUACCUCAGUUCUGUGUUCCUCAGGCAAGACCAAGCCACAAAGCCAGAGAAAAAACUCUAGGAUAAUGACAAGGCAGCUGCUUCUCUUUUAGAAACAGGAACUUGGGGAAGGUGGCUCCUUGAUGGUCUGUGAUGACGUCAGAGGAAAUGGGUGGUUGUGAGAACCACAGAACCUGCAGAUGUGAGCCGGGAGCCCCAAGGACCCUAUGACAGAGCUCAAAGAACCCCAGGCAUUCUUCCCUGGCCGUCUGUGCUUGGGAGGGCUGUCCAAUGCCGGGGUCCCUAAGGAGCACCAGUCUCCUGUCCCAUUGCAGGUCUACAAACUGCUGACCACAACAGAUGGCAGAGCUACCCAAAGUGAUACCAAGAGCAUCUCCCUGAAGAGCCUUCCAGGCUGAGAGGAUUCUGGGUAUCCUAGGACUAAGGACUUUGACAGAUGUCCAGAAGGGCCGUCCAAAGCCCUAACCUCUCCAGCCAAAGCAUGCAUCUAAGCUGAGCCCCUGCCCCAAGCUUUGAUGACAGGAAACCAAUUUCUCUAGGCCAUGUACUUCUGCGUGUUCUGCUGAGGAACAAUGGGAGGUCAGCUCAGCCGAGGGAAAACCCUGCCAAGCCCAAGCUCGAGGCCCUCUGUCCAAGAACUGGACCCUGUGCCCAUGCAAGCAGAGAGAAGCAGGGCCACAGCCGUGGCCCUGAGCAGUUUCCCAGUAGGCGAGCACACAGAGCCAUCACUGAGACUGGGGGAUCCAUUGACCAUCACCUCUGAAGAUGGAGACUGGUGGACAGUGAUAUCAGAAGUUUCAGGCACAGAAUACAGCAUCCCCAGCAGCCACGUGGCCAAAAUCUCCCAUGGGUGGCUGUAUGAAGGCCUGAGCCGGGAGAAAGCUGAAGAACUGCUGUUGCUGCCUGGAAACCCUGGAGGGGCCUUCCUCAUUCGGGAGAGCCAGACCAGGACAGGGUGUUACUCCCUGUCAGUCCGCCUCAGCCGCCCUGCGUCGUGGGACAGGAUCAGACACUACAGGAUCCAGCACCUUGAUAACGGCUGGCUGUACAUCUCACCACGCCUCACCUUCCCUUCACUCCAGGCCCUAGUGGAUCAUUAUUCUGAGUUGGCGGAUGACAUCUGCUGCCUCCUUAAGGAACCCUGUGCCCUGCGGAGGGCUGGCCCACUCCCUGGCAAGUCCAUACCCCUACCUGUUACUGUGCAGAGGGCACCACUCAAUUGGAAAGAGCUGGACAGCUCCCUCCUGUUUGCUGAAGCACCUGCAGCAGGGGAGUCCCCUCUCCUCAGCGAGGGGCUCCGGGAGGCCCUCAGCUCCUACAUCAGCCUGACCGAUGACAGCUCCUUGGAGGAUGCCAUGGCCCAAAGCAGAGGCCAAACGGGAAUCCAACGCUGCAGCACCUAGACCCCCAGCUCAGCUCAGCCUGAGUACUCCAGAGGCAAAUUCAGAGUCCCACCUGUGUCCUCUGUUACUUCCUCUUAGCCCUAACAAGUCAAUUAACCCUCUCCCAGUGCCAUGAACCCACCUGCAACCUCUAGUUCAAAUAAAUGGACAGGGCUCCAAAGAGACUAAGCCUUUGGGGUUUGACCCAGUUUGACCGGAGUUUAGGAUUUCCAGUACCAUCUUCCUCCCCUGCCUGAUGAUCCCCUUCUAUACUCCUACAACCCCACCCACUAGGUAGAAACAACCACUAGCAUCAAGAAAAAAAAAUCAUUUGAAGAGAAUUUACCAUUCUCAAAAGGCAGGACCGUGGCCCAGAAGGGACAGGAAAGCAGAAGGGAUGGAUGUCUUACCACAGCAACAGAACCCAGGAUGUCCAGCCUCCACCUGGUUCCCAGAGGAAAGGGGACCUCUCACAGUCCAGGUUCUCAAACAGCCCCACCAAACCUCUUCUCUGAACAGUCCUAGCUUCAAGAUCUCUUUCAUUUUGUGGCUUAUCAUUUGAACCUGCCUAAACUUUCCAGUCUACAGUGGCCUUGCCAUCUUGUGGUCAAACACAAAAUGGCAACUUCUGGGCCUGGCACACUACGGUGAGGUCGGUCAUGUGUCUCAGUGUUGGGCAGGGGCAUCAGACGUCAGUAAGCCUCUCUCCACAAAGCCAAGACCACAGCCUACACCAACUCUAGCACUUGAUUUCCCUGCUUCCCAUUAAGGGAGGCCCAGCUGGAGCUGCUACAGGAGCAGAGAGAGGAGAUGGAGGGCAGGGUUCUGAGGCUAGCGGUAAGGUGGGAAAGGCUUUAACAGGUAUCAUCAACAGAUUUUUCAAUUAAAGAUUUGAUUUAUUCAAGUACCCAAAAACAUUCUACAAUUAAAACUGUUAUUAGAUGCUGCUUGUACUGUGCUAUGGACCACGCACAUACUGCCACACUGUUUUCAGAAGACUUGAAAUGCCAUUGUUGGUUUUAAAAACUGUACACCUGAUGGAGAUAUGAGGAAGACAAUUUAAUGUUUCAUCCGGAUCCAGAGGUGCAUCAAAUUAAACGACAGCUCCGAUCAGCAAACAGGUGUUUCAUGAUGAUAUCCAAGAAAUGGUUGGUGAUGGACAAUUCAGAAAUGCUUCCCCAAAAGGCGGAUGGUUCUUUAAAAAGUUUCAGAUCACAACCCUUGCAGAAAACACUGAUGCCCAACACACUGAUUCUCGGUCCAGGAAACAUGGGUCUUCUAGGUUCCACGUGGCUGGGGUGCCCCUACAAUCAGGUUUCUGUGCUGUAACUAUGAGGGUCCUUUGGACUGGACAGAGAGCAGGUGGGGUCUGUACACCAUCAGUCAUAGUGGAUGGCAGUGUAAAAAAUGAUCCAAAUAACCUAGAGAGGAGACAAGCAAUGUUCAUAGGUCACCUGGGUCAAUAUAGGCCCCUAUUCCACAAAACAAAAAUGUUACAGAUUUAGGAUGUGUGCACAGUGGGUUUCCCAGGGACUAUCCAAUGCAUCUGCCUGGAGGCCUAAAUGAUUGCACUGAAAUCAAGCUGUCUCUAACAGAGCCCAAGACCACGUAGCAGUGCUCCCACAGGGACUACAGACAAGCUUCCCUUUCACCCAAGUAACAACUGGAGCACCAGGCAGUAGAGUUAUAAAAAUAUAAAGAAAUGAUACAGGUAAAGCAGACUGUACUGCUAGUGUUAGGAUUAGCAACAAAUUGAAAAACCACCAUCAUACCCUGUCAAAUAAAGCAGAGGUUCUCAAAACUGGCUGUUCACUGCAAUCUCCUGGGACCUUUAAUCCAUAUGUAUGCCCAGGCACUCCCACCCAGAGAUUUUGAUUUUAUGGAUUUGGGCUAGAGUCUAUAAUUUAAAAAAAUUAACAGAUACAAUUCAAAUUUCAUAAAGCUCACCUUUGUAAGUAUACAAUACAAAAAAAAAAACAUAUACACAAUAGAGAGGGGGUUUUUAAUAUAUUUACAGGUGCAAAGAUCACUAACUGAUUCUGGAACAUGAUCACCCUCAGUUUCUUCCCAUUUCCUUGCCACCCCCUGCCUCCCUCAGCCACUGGCAACCACUAAUUUACUUUUUUCUGUGUGGAUUUGCCUACUCUGGACAUUUCACAUAAAUGCAAUCACACAAUGUUUUGUGUCUAGUUUCUUUCACUUAGCAUAACGUUUUCAAAAAUCAUCAAAGCCAUAGCCCCUAUCAGUACUUUAUGCCUCUUUAUAGUCUAACACUGUAUGGAUAUACAGCGUUUUAUUUACCUAUUGACCAGGUGAUGGUUGUUUGUGCUUAUCUGCUAUUAUGAAUGCCAUAAACAUAUUUUUAAAUAUUUCUAGUUUCUACGAUGCAGCCAGAGUUGAGAAUCAGAUAUAGAAGCUGAUGACAGGCACUGGGUGCACACACCAUAGGGAGGCUACAGUGUGCCACACCACAUCCUUUGAGACAACAGGGUUUGGUGGAGGAAAUGCCCACCAUUCCCUGGAGUUUUUUUAAAAAAUGGUACCCCAAUCACACUGUGUAACCCAAUCAGUGUGCUCCCCGGGAUAAACCACAGGAUCCGCUAUAUAAUCGUCAGCUACACAUACCAUGAACAAGGCAAAAGAUGUCAUAAAUCCUUCUUUGGUGAGCUCCCACGUGCCACCAUACUCUUCCUCAUCUAUCUGCAGGUAGUUGCUGAAGUACAGGUACAGGACUCCUGCGUUGAUCACACAGAAUCUGGAGGGAGGACAAGCACCGAACACGAGCCACAAGCUCAGAACACUCAGAACUCCCAUCACCGUCCCGCCUUACCAGGACCCCCGCCAUCGUACAAUCAACUAUUGUAUUAUGGCAGCAAGUGAAAUAAUACAUUAAAAACACCUAGACCCUCAGUGGAGCUGCUCAGUGAGCUGGAGACAUAAAGAGCAAGUUUGUUUGUUUGUUUGUUUUAGAUGCCCAGCAAAAAAGGUAAAAUAAAGUUCUCCAAGUCCUCUCACAGUAAGACAGAAUGGUAGCUGGACCAUCCCAAAUAGGAUGGGCAGCGGACAUGGGCCUCCAAGGAGCUCCAGCUGGGUGGGGUGGCCACGCAAACACGAUAGGAUGCUGCUUCAUGGCCUCAUGAACAAGCAAGCAUACAAAAGCAGCUCCUGCAUUAAUUCGCAGUGGGAGACUAUUUCCAGAUAUCUGCUGUCUGCUUCUGCACUUGAUGCACAGGUAAACACUGAGUUCCUGCCCUUCCUUAGCUAUCUAUUAGGAGGCCAAAAACAGGAGUGAGCAUGGAAUUGAAACCAGAGGUUUGUGAGCACCUCCAGGAAGCUCCUGACCCCCUGUAUUAUAUUAACUAAUAAAGGAUUUAGAAUGCAGUGAGGUAUAAUAUUA